AUGGCUAACUGCUGUUGCCUUGCACUAGUUGUGGGGCCUUCUGACGACAGCACUCCACCUGGGCACUACCGUGGGCAAUCAACGGCCAGAAAGGCGCCCGUCCAAAAGAGUGUGAUACCAGUUGUACCCGCGAAGUUUCUUGCUGAAGCGUCGUCUAAGAAGCAGACGAAGAAGAAGACUAAGAAGCAACCAGCUGAAGAAACGAGUGCUCGUCGCCGGGAGAUGGUGAACCCAACCAACUUCUCCGCUCUUUUGGUGGUAAUUCACCGCUUCGAUUCGAAUUUUGCCACCGCAGCUGGUGGAACCAAGCUGGAUACGAAUGGUGAGGUUGAUGAAGCCACGACAGAAGCUGACUCUGAAGACGACAGCGAGAUCGAUGUGAGCUACGCAAAAAGUGCAAUUCCGACAUGCUACAGCGCGACGUUCGGCGAGGUUGAGCAACUGGAUCAAACUGUCGCUUUUGCUUUUGUCAAGCCUCGCGAUUGCUUCCGCGAAACCACGAUAUUUCUUCGCUUUACGGACAACAAGGACCCUGCCGCAGUAAAGGAUUGA